CGCCAGGUCAAACCGCGCUUCACCGAUAGUUACAUCCUCCUCCGCUUCAUCGAGCUAUAUCGUUCACCACGAGCUGAGAAGAGCUCUUGUAACUGCAGCUGCUCAACUCUCCUACAAUGGCCACUUCCCUUCUUCUCUCUUCUCCAUCUUACACCUGUUACAGUCAUUGCAUUUGCAAAAGGCCAUCAAUCACAUGCUCCUCAGUUUGCCUUCAGAAACCACUAUGUAAUAUCAAGCUUUAUGCGGGACCUUUUGGAGCUUUUUCUUGUCUCUCUGCAUCAACACCUUCAGCUUCUAGUAGAGCUGCUUUUGGGGCUCAAAGGAAGCACGUUUUUUCUGCGUUCACUGCUCCAAUUGGAUAUCAAAGGUCUGAUCACAUGCACUACCGUACUGAUUCGGACACAGUGGCUGAAUUAGAAGUUCAGUUGGAAGAAUUACUCAAUGAAGUCAGAAUGAUGACCAUGAGCGGGAGGAAGAAUGAUGCUGUAGAGCUACUUCAAGCUAAUUAUGAAGUUGUAAAAGAACAAAUGGAAUCAGGCGCCGUUGGCAUUGAACAAGCUGCUCUUCUUGACAUCGUGGCUUUGGGGUAUUUAACCGUUGGAGACUUGAAGUUUGUUGCUUCUGUAUUGGAUAUAUUGAACAAAGUUGUUGACAGUCUGACGGACGGUGAACCCUUUCUGGAUUCAGUGCUUCUGCAUAUGGGGAGCAUGUACUCAACCUUAAAAAAGUUUGAGAAAUCAGUAUCUGCGUACAAGAGGGCUAUUGAUAUCAUGGAGAAAAAAUUUGGAGAAGACAGUAGCUUUCUUAUCACUCCAAUUUUAGGGAUGGCUAAAGUUCUUGGUACCAUUGGAAGAGCUGGAAAGGCAGUAGAGUGCUACAAUCGUGCAAUUUCACUUCUGGAAUCAAGAAGAGGCUUUGAGAACGAGGAUUUGGUUAUACCUUUGUUUAGUCUGGGCAAUCUUAUGCUCAAAGAAGGAAAAGGCAAGGAUGCAGAAACAUGUUUUGCAAGGAUUGUGAACAUAUAUAAAAAGUUAUAUGGAGAGAAAAAUGGAAAAGUCGGAAUGGCUAUGUAUUCUCUGGCUAAUGCAAAAUAUGCAAGAGGGGAAGCAGACGAAGCUGUUACCUUAUAUAGAAGAGCUUUGGAGAUUAUUAAGGAUUCAAAUGAUAUGGCUGUAGAUGACAGCACUACUGAGAAGAUGAGGAUUGAUUUGGCAGAACUAUUGCAUGUUCUAGGAAGAGGGAAUGAAGGCAGAGAACUUCUAGAAGAGUGUUUGUUGAUCAAUGAAAGGUUGAAAGGAAAAGAGCAUCCCAGCUCAGUGAAGCACCUUGUAAACCUUGCCGCUUCUUAUUCACGGUCAAAGAAUUAUGUGGAGGCUGAGCGUUUGUUGCGAAUUGGAUUGGACAUUAUGAUAAAGGCAGUCGGAUCUGAUGAUCAAUCAAUUACAGUCCCAAUGUUGGAUCUUGCUGUCACUCUUUACAAUCUAAAACAGGAUGAUGAGGCCGAGCAACUUGCUCUUGAAGUCUUGCGAAUAAGGGAAAAUGCUUUUGGAAAAGAUUCACUUCCUGUUGGUGAGGCUCUAGAUUGUUUGGUUUCAAUUCAGAGCAGGCUAGGGAAGGAUGAAAGUGAGCUACUGAAGCUGCUGAAGAGAAUUCUUAGAAUCCAGGAGAGAGAGUUCGGGGACGAUGGUGAAGAGGUCAUCGACACCCUCAAGAAAAUAGCCUUCUGCAUGGAAAAACUGGGAAUGAAAGAUGAGAAAUUUCUACUUCAAAAACGACUAUCCAUGCUGCGUAUGAAAUUCAAGAACCAGAUGCAAUACUAAAGUUAUUUGUUGGUUGGUAGGCUAUGGCGCCACGCAAAAUCAGUUCAACUCAAACUAGAUGAGGUAGGCCCGCUAGAGGCUAGCCAGUACUAGGGUCAUUGGAACAACAACUCAAGAGCCGAGCAAAUGGCCAGGCAAGGGUUCCCACCAGUGGUCCAACCACCAUUGACUCUACUCGGUAACCUGAUUGAAUUUGGCACCUAAACUUUUACUGCCGUCAUGAUGGAGAGAAUACAAUCAUUGUUCCGGACUACAAUAACCAACUAAAUGGUCUAGUUGAAUAGAAGUCAACAAAACAUGUGAGAGGAAGCGACAGUUGUGGGAUUUUAGGAAGUACAACUUGAACUUUUGAUGAGUCACUAGUUGUCGUUGAUAGAAUUAUCAACAAAUAUUUGGUUAUAUGAAAUGUCUUAAGAGUGUAAGAAAUUGCAGUGUCGUCAUCGUGUUGAUGGAAUUGGACAAUGCCUAUAUAUGGUAGGAGUCUGUCGAGAGGUUGAUUGUCACUAGCGAAGGCAUUGUGACUUGGUCACAGUUUAAGGAAGCCUUCAACCAGCAGAGCUUCGCGGCGAUAACAAGAGUUAACAAUCAACCGAGUUCUUGAACUUUAAAUA